GUACAGCCGAAGGAGGGAGCUAACACGGGGGAAUUGGAUUAUUGGAAUCAAAGUAUUUUUUUGGUUUAGCUUUCCAUUGUUCAAAUCCUUCUGCUCGAACUAACUGUUUCCUUUUAGGGUUCUUCUUUGUCUGAAGAACCGAUUUUUAUAUAUUGUUGUAAUUUCAGUGGAGAUCCAAGAGCACCCAAUUCGCUUCAUCAAUGCCUUUUAAGUAGGAGUGUUAUACUUCUAUCAGCUUCCAAACUGACAUCUUUUUAUUCGUUUUUGGGAUCUCUGUUGGAAAUCUGGUAUGCCUAUGUCUCCUUUUUUGAUUGUUCCAGUUGUGCAGAAACCGUUGCGUGCGAAUCUUCAUAUAUGGUCAUCAUGGAUUUGCUGUUACACCUCUGUUAGAAAUUUAACUGCUCUUGUAUCACCGCAUCGGUUAAUUCAAGCUCCAAAUUUUGGGGUUCUUCCAUGUACAUCAUCGCAUCUUUUAACCUUUACAUAUCGAUUUUUUUCGUCUUAUGGGUGUGUAUAUCUACCGUCGUUACAAUAUUACCAAUCUUCAGCAUUUCCUGCAAUCGGGGCUUUGUCUCAUUCAUCUCUUCUUGGACCUCCAUUGUCGUUUCCGAGUUGCAGUUCUCGUAGAAAUCUUGGUUUACUUGGGUCCUUAUGUGUAUUAACUCCACUUACUGUUUUCCGGGUUUUUUCAUGCUCAUUUUGUUCAGAGGUUCUUUCAGUGGAUCGAAGGAUUGGUGGUUGUAGGACUAAUGUUCAGGAUGAAAGUAUUGCCAUUGAUUCCGAUAUAUUGUACAAAACUAUAAUAGAGAAUUCUAGUGUUGAAAGAAGCAUGGAGAAGGCUCUUGACCAGGCUGGCAUAAAACUGAGAACUGAACUGGUUGAUGAGGUCCUCCGCAGGCUUCAUUUUGAGGAGAAGAUAGCCUUCAGAUUCUUUAUGUGGGCAGGUCAUCAAGAAGGCUAUUCUCAUCAACCUCAAACAUACAAUGAAAUGUUUGAUAUACUUUCCAGUACCAAGUACAAGGUAAAACAGUUUAGAAUCGUCUGUGAUAUGCUGGAUUACAUGAAGAGAAAGGAUAGGAAUUCGGUCCCUAUUGAAGUUCUCCUCACUAUCUUAAGAAAUUAUACAGAAAAGCAUCUGACCCAUCUUCAGAAAUUCACAAAGAAGAAGAGGAUAAGGGUGAAGACUCAACCAGAAACUAAUGCUUUUAACUUGUUGUUGGAUGCACUGUGCAAGUGUAGUCUGGUUGAGGAAGCUGAAGCCAUGUUUAUGAAGAUUAAGAACAAGGUUAGCCCAGAUGCAAACACAUACAAUAUUCUGUUUUUCGGAUGGUGCAGAGUGAGAAACCCAACACGAGGAAUGAGGGUAUUAGAGGAAAUGAUUGAUCUGGGGCUUACUCCUGAUAAUUUUACUUAUACUACUGCCAUUGAUACAUUCUGCAAAGCUGGGAUGGUGUCAGAGGCAGCUGCAUUAUUUGAUUUCAUGAGAACAAAAGGUUCAACUAUGUCUUCUCCCACUGCGAAGACUUACACCAUCAUGAUUGUGGCCCUUGCUCAGAGUGACAGGAUCGGAGAAUGCUUUAAACUUCUAGCAGACAUGAGGGAUAGUGGUUGCCUUCCGGAUGUUUCAACCUACAAAGAACUGAUUGAAGGGAUGUGUUCGGUGGGGAAAAUCGAGGAAACCUACAGAGUCUUGGAAGAGAUGGGAAAGAAAGGCUAUCCACCUGAUAUUGUUACUUAUAAUUGCUUCCUCAAAGUCCUUUGUGACCUUAGGAAAGCAGAUGAGGCACUUAUACUUUAUGGAAGAAUGAUUGAGGUAGGGUGUGUGCCUAGUGUGCAUACUUUCAAUAUGCUGAUCACGAUGUUUUUUGAGAUUAGUGAUUCGGAUGGAGCAUUUGAGACUUGGCAUGAGAUGGAUAAGAGAGGCUGUUUACGGAAUACUGAUACUUACUGUGUGAUGAUUGAAGGCCUGUUUGGUUGUGCGAAAAGGGAAGAUGCCUGCUUUCUCUUGGAGGAAGUGGUGAACAAGGGAAUGAAAUUGCCAUAUCAGAAGUUUGACUCGUUUCUGAAGCAGCUAUCAUUGAUUGGUGACCUCCAAGCUAUCCAUAGACUUUCAGAGCACAUGAGGAGAUUCUACAACACUGCUAUGGCAAGGCGUUUUGCUUUGAGUCAGAAGAGGAAGAGUAUGGCUUUAAGAAGGAAGUAAGAUAGGGGUAAAAUAAAAGAGUGAAACUUCAAUCAUCAAACAAUGCCACUUGGAGCAUAUUGAUAACUACGACCUCUUCGUGUAACUUCUAUGACCUAGGUUUAGGCCUUGAUGUUAUCAGAUCCAACUCCAUUAUGAUUCUUCCAAAUGCUGCUUGAAGAUGGAACUCAUUGCCCUAUCAUUUCUGGGGAAAGUCAACUACGAAGGCUUAUUAUUGUAA